UAAUAAAAAAAAAUCUAACACGACUAGAAUAUAAAAAACGUUGAGUCCAUGGUGGUCCAAAUCAGAAAUCCAGUGGCCUAAUUGCCAUAUGGCAUGCCUAUCCUUUCGUCCUCCACUCUCCUCCAAAUGUCUCCGACCGCCGUCGUACCUUCUUCAGUAAACAUGUCCGCAGCUGCAACUUCUGCUUCUGCCUCCCACAUAUUCAAUCACAAUCAUCAGCUCAUUGUUUCGCUAAAUGGCAGAAGAAAGUCAAUUAAUGCAUCCUCCUCCUCUUUCAUCGGCUCAUACCGACUCAACUGCAGCAUCUCUAGAUCCUCCCGGAGGAUCUCUUAUCCUUCUCCCAUCAGGAUCAGACCGCUCUCUCCUGUCAUGGAAUGGCAAGAUUGCACGAUCAAAAUGGAAGUAGAUGUGCCCAUUUCAGUUGCUUAUAAGUGCUAUUCUGAUCGUGAGGCCAUUCCUGAAUGGAUGCCUUUUAUUUCAACGGUAAAGAUUUUGGAGGAUAAGCCUGACUUAUCAAGAUGGUCGCUGAAGUAUAAAGCUUUCGGGCAGAACAUUGAAUAUUCAUGGCUUGCUCGAAAUAUGCAGCCUACGCCAAAUCAGAAGAUCCACUGGAGAUCUCUGGAGGGACUUCCUAACAGGGGAGCUGUGCGAUUUUUCCCCAAAGGCCCAUCAUCCUGCAUCAUAGAACUAACAUUUUCAUAUGAAGUGCCUCAACUGUUGGUUCCAGUGGCAUCAGCAUUGAAACCAUUUACUGAAAACCUGCUGACACAAGGGUUGGAACGCUUUGCAACAUUUGCUAAGAGUUACUCAGCUGGCACACCUAAAUGAUGUAUAAACUAAUUCAUGCCAGUAACAUCCAUUGGUCCUAUAUCAUGCAAUAAUCAUCUAGCUGCAAUGUAUGGCUUGUCAGCUAGGAGCAAGCAGUUUUAAUUCUUAUCAUGGUCUUACAGAUCAUCUAGCUGCAUGGUCAUUCACUGUUUAUUGCUCGAGUAUAAUUGCAGACUUCUAGUCUUGAUUGCUCCCCAUUCAUAUCGUAUUGCAGUGCACUGAACUCAAUAGGUUGUUCAAAAAACCCUUCCUCACAUCGAUAAAGAGACGCCAGUAUUUUCUUUGAUUGGGCAACUUCGACUGUGCUGCUGCCUUUAUAUAGCAUUAUGCUCAUCAAUGGAAGUUUUGCUUUCGUUAUUA